GCGGCGGCCGCGGCGCUUCCGGCGCGCGGUAUGUCGGCGGCGGGGCUGGAGCGGCCGCAGGUGGUGGUGCACGCGCAGCAGUCGCUGAACUACACCGUCUUCGACUGCAAGUGGGUGCCGCGCAGCGCCCGCCUGCUGUGCCUCGGCAGCGCCCCGCGCGGCACCGGCGUGCUGCAGCUGUACGAGCUGCGCGGCGGGCGGCUGCUGCUGCUCAGCGAGAUCGAGAAGGCCAAGCCUAUAAAAUGCGCGACCUUCGGGGCCGCCUCCCUGCAGCAGAGGCACCUGGCAACGGGGGACUUCGCGGGCAGCCUCAGCAUCUGGAAUUUAGAAGCUCCCGAAAUACCCGUGUAUUCCGUGAAAGGGCAUAAGGAAAUCAUUAACAGCAUCGAUGGCGUGGGAGGCCUGGGGAUUGGGGAAGGCGCACCCGAAAUUGUGACGGGCAGUCGAGAUGGAACUGUGAAGGUGUGGGACCCGCGGCAGAAGGAGACUCCUGUGGCUAACAUGGAACCCGCGCAGGGAGAGAGCAAAAGGGACUGCUGGACUGUGGCUUUUGGCAACGCUUACAAUCAAGAGGAACGUGUUGUUUGUGCUGGAUAUGACAAUGGGGACAUCAAAUUGUUUGACUUAAGAACCAUGUCACUGCGAUGGGAGACCAACAUUAAGAAUGGGGUUUGCAGCGUGGAGUUUGACAGAAAAGAUGUGAAUAUGAACAAGCUAGUGGCCACGUCACUGGAGGGAAAAUUUCAUGUUUUCGAUAUGAGGACUCAGCACCCAACUAAAGGUUUUGCUUCUGUUUCAGAGAAGGCGCACAAAUCCACCAUAUGGCAGGUUCGGCACCUCCCACAGAACAGAGAUGUAUUUAUGACGAGUGGAGGAGCUGGGAGCCUUCAUCUCUGGAAAUAUGAGUACCCAGCUCAGCGCUCAAAGAAGGACUCGGAAGGAGCUGAGAUGGGGGUGGCAGGUUCUGUCAGCCUCCUGCAGAAUGUGACUCUGUCAACACAGCCGAUUUCCAGCCUAGAUUGGAGCCCUGACAAAAAGGGACUGUGUGUUUGUGGUGCCUUUGACCAAACUGUGAGGGUACUGAUAGUUACCAAGCUUAACAAAGUUUGACAGGAAAACUAGGAUUUCUGAUGAGAAAGCAAUAUAGUUUGCAGUCUGUAAAUAUGGGAGGGAGGGCUCUGCUGUUUUUAAUUUAAUUUCUCCCUUGUUAGAACUGGAUUAAAGAAAUAGCAACCAGAUCUUUCUAUUGAAAGUUCAGAUACACGCACUUAAGAGUUGUUUGAUUGUGCUGUGAUGACUUGAAAAAGUUUCCUGGGCAUAAAACUUCUACCUUCUGGAAAUGUGAAUUUACAUUAAAAUAAAAUGUGCCUUUGCAUUAACACAACCCGUAACUUAAAUCACAUCAAUUGCUUGUGUUCGGUUUAACCACAGUGCAAAUCCAUUUGUGCUUGUGGAAUUGUUUGGCUGUUUUGCAUGUAGUGAUGUCCAUGUGCAUUCAUGCAGUGGAAACCACUACAUGCAUCCCCUAUAGAAACUCUGUGCUUACUGGAUAUGUUAGUUAGAAUGUUUGUUAAAGUGACUUAGAAUUCUUUAAUACACUAUAGGAACUACAAUGAGUACUAAAUAUCCAGGUUUAAUGGUGUAAUGUUUUUGUUGCAGAUGGUAUCCAAAUUAAACUCUUGCACAAAAUGCACUGUUUUAUUAUUUUAGUUUGGUUUUGUAAUAAGUUUUUAAUGUUCUGUUGAUUUUUUUUUUUAUAUCUGUUUUUAACUUUGUAUUCCACAAAUAAAAUUAUUUGGGGCAUUGUUUCAAUAUGAAUAAAGUAUAUUAUUCAGA